UCGCAGUUCUUAUUUUUCUUGUUUCGCCAAUCCUGUCGCUUGCAGACUGAAUUUCUGAUGUCAGGAUUGAAUUGAAUACGCUUAGAUACUGUAUUGUUCUUCUGGGUUUCAUUGUUUGUUGGAAAUUGAAUUGUCAUUUAUGUAUACUGGCCAUAUUGGGAAAUUCGCUUCACAGAGUUUAAAUGGACGCAGAUGAGGGAGGAUCAUUUGAAAGUCCAGCAGCGACGGAAUUAAUUGAAUGUGAUGGAGAUAUUAUUCUUGAGCCUUAUGAGGGCAUGGAAUUUGAAUCUGAAGAUGCUGCUAAAAUUUUCUAUGAUAAGUAUGCCCGUCAAGUGGGGUUUGUCAUGCGUGUGAUGUCCUGUCGUCGUUCUGAAAAAGAUGGGAGGAUACUUGCCCGACGACUUGGAUGCAAUAAAGAGGGGUAUUGUGUCAGCAUUCGAGGUAAAUUUGGGGCAGUUCGGAAGCCUCGGCCGAGCACUCGAGAAGGCUGUAAGGCAAUGAUUCAUGUCAAAUAUGAUAAGUCUGGGAAAUGGGUGAUUACAAAAUUUGUAAAGGAGCAUAAUCAUCCUCUUGUGGUUUCGCCCCGUGAAGCUCGGCAGACGAUGGAUGAAAAAGAUAAACAAAUACAGGAACUCACUACAGAGCUGCGGAAUAAGAAACGGUUGUGUUUGACAUACCAAGAACAGCUCGCCGCAUUUAUGAAAAUUGUGGAAGAGCAUACCGACCAAUUGUCGAGAAAAGUUCAGAAUGUAGUUACCAACCUUAAGGAAUUUGAGUCCCUUGAGCAAGAAUUGUUGCAUCCUAGAUAGCCCUGCCACAGAUGUCGUCGGUGGCCAUCGAUAUUUGGAGCUUGGUAGCAUACGAAGAAUAGCGACCACCCUUCAGAAAGCUCCCAAAAGGCAUUCUUAACAAAUCCGCCCUGCCCCACCCCAAACUCGGAGCAAGCGAUGGAAACGAGCGUUAUAGAGGAAUGACAUCAUAGCAAGCACUGGCAUGAAGAAGUAUUUGCAGACAUCUGAGAGGAGAGAUAAUUUUGUAAUGUAGAGACAAUUUGAUUUACCUCCAUGAAUGGAUUUUAUUGAAUAACCAAUGCAGUUCUUCAGAAAU